AUUACAGCAACCAUGAACUGCUUUUACAUCCUUUUGUUUAUUUUUUCUUUGUUCAAAACAGCCUUUUCCCAAACCAAACCACCCGGACUACCAUGUGUGUUAAACAUCUCAGGAAACAAUGAUAGAACCAAAAUCGAUAUUGACGAUAAAGACUCCUCAGUAACAAUCUUCACACCAACUAAUGGUACAGAAGUGCUUGAGGUGGUUUAUGGGUCUCAGGUUCUCUGGAAAAGGACAAAGCUAACCAAGUUUCUCAGACUUCUGACCUACAAACGCGGCAACUCACUUUAUUACCUCCAGUUAUUCUUUUCCAGAGGAGGUAAAAUUUAUGCCCAAACCAUGAGCACUGAUGGUGAAAAGUGGAUCAACUCCACCACCUUCCGGCUUACAAAAAGGAAUAGCAUGGAGCUGUUUGGAGACCUUAAUUUAACCUCAGGCUCCUCUGAAGAUGAGAAUCCUUACGAAAAUCCUGACCAAGUUCGCCAAGAAGGAGCUGAAAAUGAGCCUAAUUACGCGGAUUCAGUUAUCCUUCAGCCCAAAAAAGGUGAAAGUGAUGAAGACACCUCUGAAUCAGAUUCAUCCUCAACAAAGUCUGAACCAUCCCUAAAAUCGGAGUCAGAUGCAUCCACAACAAAGUCUGAACCAUCUGACAAAAAUAAACUCAAGAGCUUUGGCAAAUAUCUAAAGAAUCUAGCGAGGAAAGGCCCAAAGAAAAAAGGGGAGUCCACGUCAAACACAGACUCUGAAGGGGAAUCAAGUGGUGAAAGCACGCCUAUUAACAAAGAAGCCAAAAAACCUCCACAAUCUAAAUACCGUGUAGAAUAUGAGGAUCUUGCAAAUCUCGGACCUAAACCCUCUGAAACAGAGACUGGGCCCAAAUUACCAAAAAGAUCACCACCAGUACCACCAGUAAGAACAGUUUCCCUUGAAAAUAAACAGGUUGAAGCAGGCACUAGACCCAGCUCACCUACAAGACUAUCUCCAAUACCAGAACCAAGAACUCUUUUCCCAAAUAAAACAACUUCUGAAACAGAAACUGGAUCCAAAUUACCAAAAAGGCCACCAGAACCACCAGUAAGAACAGUUUCCCUUCAGAAUAAACAGGUUGGAAAUUCAGCAUCUUACGUGAGCUCUAGUGAUUCUGAAAAUUCUGAAACUGAUGAGAAGCCUAAAAACCGGAAAAGAAGGAGAAUUAACUUCUUCAGAAGAGGUCGUAACAAUAAUAAUACCGAAAAAUCUGUUAAAGAAGACCCGAUAUACUCAACUAUUGAUUUACAACCUGGUCAACAAUCUGAUCAAACAUCGGAUGAAUCAACUCCAGAUGAACUAUCUGAACCCAGCAUUGAGGAAUCCAACAAGACUAAAAUGAGACCAAAAAGAGGUACCAGCAACUCCUUAAACAGGGUUAGAAAAUUAUUUUCGCGGAGAAAAAAGUCUAAAACCCAAAUGAAUGAGGUUGAAUUGGACUUGGCUGGCGAUUUGGAAGGAAUAGCAAGGGUAAAACAUGUCACUGAGAUUGAUAUUCCUGUUACCGAAAUGAUCAUUUUUGGUGGAAAUUUAGUGAAGAAAAUUACAGAUAGGUUCCAGACAGUGUGGAAACAUGAACGUAAGUCAUUACCUCUGAGACAGGUUCUUCUGUUUGCGAAGCCUGGGUACCAGUCUCUGCUCCACUUAAACACUAAGCCAAGCUUGUUUGAAGGCAACCCAAGGAUGUACGAGGACAUCGAGGGCCAAUGGUUGGAGAUAACUCUUGAAAGGUUCUUGACUAAGUUAGGUAUGUCUGCCUUUAACGAAGUUGACACGUACUACGAGAAUAAGAAAAUAACAUCAGAUACGUUUGAAAUUCCAGAAGAAUUUACGAAACCAGACCCGAACGGUUCUUCAGGUCUUGAACCUGGAUCUAGGCGUAGUAGCACAUCAUCCACUGGAUCAGAGUCAAACUAUUCAGUCCGUUCAAUUGAACCACAUGAUUCUCCCACUUCAGAGCAGAUAGGACCUGUAGAAACAGACGACACAGAGUCAGUUUCAGGUGGAGCAAGCCCUCAAGCGCCUGCAGAAUCCAUUUACACAACAGUCACACCACCUCCAAAACCACCACGUCUUUAUAUCUAUACCCCCAAGUCAUCUAAUGGAGAUAUUAUACCAGAACAGGAAUCUGGACCAGCAACUGUAACACCCUAUGAAUCUAGUACUGGGAAAACACUAGGAGAAUCUGGUGGUGACGUUCACAGCACGUUGGGAUCAAAGAGUUCAGACUCACAGAGUAGUGGAAGCUCUUUUGAACGUAUAAGCACUCCAGAUCUAGAGAACUUGCCUCCGGAUUCAAGUAUAAGACCACUCCUAAUGGACGAAGGACUCAAUCUCUACUCAAGUGACGGAUUUUGAACCACUAACAUUAAAUGAUCUAACUCUAAAACAUUAAUUU